GCUCGGUGUUAGACGUGCUGAAAUAAAAAGUCUUCGAGUCAAAGUCGUACCGUCUCGUUUCCUUCGAUAUUCGUCUUCCCACCCGGAGAUGGCCCAUGGAAGUUACGAUUCGAUAGAACCGAUCAAUAUCCUGCGACGACUGUUGCGGUUAAAUAUCGAGUAAACGUUAGGGUUUGCCAAAGAAAAAUUAUCAAGGCGGCUGUGUUUUGACAUACACAAAGACAAUAAUUUAAUUCCUUUACGUCAACCCCGACUCUGCCAAUAACCAGUGGCUGUGAUACCUGCAUUACCGGCAUUUGUUUCGGUCGCUACCAACAUGUCUACCGCCAUCUCGACCGCGCAGACGGCCACGCUCGUCACCGCCGCCAUUUUGAAGACUGACGAAAAGCCGGCGAAGCUCGUGCGCACGUCCUCGAUCGAGAAGUUCCUCAAAUUCAACACGUACAUAUGCUCGCCUCAGUACUACACACUGCCGGCCAUCUUGACAUGGCUGAGGUCUUCCAAAAACGGCUUCCAUGCGUCCGCCGAGAAGACCAUCUUCCUGUUCAGGUCGUUAAUAUUCAGCUCGUUUCUCUUCCGGUACUCGUCGCAUGGAGUGAGGUCCGCGCUUCAAGCCGGCCGGAGAGUGCUGAUCAGCCAGCUCCCGUCGACCCUGUUGGGAGUCGCUUUUCACGUGGGCGUGGUUUUGCUCGCGUCCCAGCUGUUGUGCUGCGCAUACCUUUUAGCCACGGUCGUCGUUCCCUUAGGGUUAAGUUUUUUGCUGAGCAGUAUAGUCGGCAUUGUCCUGUUGGGCUACAAAAUUAACAGGUUCUCGUGCCGGAAGUGCGACAGGAGGAAGAAAACCAAGUGACCGAUCGAACUCAACGCGUUGCCAUUGUAAAUUAAGUUUUAUGGUCCGUGACUUUUCUCGCGGCUACUUUUUCAAGACUGGACGUUUCCGUAGCGAUUUUUUGUACAUAUUUAUUUUAGUUUUACGUCGCUGAAUAAGAAAAAAAGUGAUUAUGUAAUUUUUCGUACGGCACAGUUUGAAAAUAAACAGGU